CACACACACACACACACAGUCAACAUCUCUGUCUCAGAACUCACGAUGUCCUGACGUCUCCUCCAGAGGAGUUCAACGAUAAGAUCCUGAGUCCGGAGCUGAGCGACUCGGAGCUGCAGCGUCUCCACGGCGAGGUGCUGCACAUCUACGAGACGUACUGCCUGGACGAGAGCAUCGACAAGAUCAGUUUCGACCCGUUCAUCGUGGAGGAGAUAAAGAACAUUGCCACAGGUCCGUACAGCGGCGUGGUGAAGCUGCAGACCAUGCGCUGCCUGUUCGAGGCGUACGAGCACGUCCUGUCUCUGCUGGAGAGAGUGUUCACGCCCAUGUUCUGUCACAGCGACGAAUACUUCAGGCACCUGCUGAGAGGGGCGGAGUCUCUGACCAGGAACUCCAGAAUCAACAGGAACCCGUCAAAACGAGGGGAGACGUUCGGCAUCAGCAGAAUCGGCAGCAAGAUCAAAGGUGUGUUCAGGAGCACGACCAUGGAGGGCGCCAUGCUGCCGCCCGGCGCCAUGAGCGACAUGGACGACGACUUGGUGGAGGAGGCGACUAUCGUGAUGGAGGACGACUCCCCCGCCCAGCCGGCCAGCGCGGCGGGCGCCCUGAGGAACCUGAUGGCGUGGAGCAUCACCAUCCCCUACAUCGACAGCUACGACGACGAGGUGAAGAGGGAGCGGAUCCCCGUGUUCUGCAUCGACGUGGAGCGCAACGACAGAAAGACAGUCGGUCAUGAAACGGAGAAGUGGUCGGUCUUCAGGAGAUAUCUGGAGUUUUACGUCCUGGAAUCCAAACUGACUGAAUUCCACGGAACAUUUGCAAACGCACAGCUUCCGUCCAAACGGAUCAUCGGACCUAAGAACUGUGAAUUCCUGACGACGAAGAGGGAAGAGUUUGAGGAAUAUUUGCAG